AUGUCAGCCCCAGCUACUGCUUAUAAGCUCCCUGAAUAUACUGUCACCGAUUACGCCAAAUUCGCCCUUGCUGGUGCUAUUGGAUGUGGUGCUACUCACGGUGCCAUGACUCCUAUUGAUGUGGUCAAAACCAGAAUCCAAUUGGAACCAACUGUUUACAACAAGGGUAUGAUUGGUUCAUUCAAGCAAGUUAUCAACACUGAAGGUGCUGGUGCUUUAUUGACUGGUUUGGGUCCAACUGUUUUGGGUUACUCUUUACAAGGAGCUUUCAAAUUCGGUGGUUACGAACUUUUCAAAAAGCAAUUUAUUGAAUUGUUGGGUUACGACACUGCCAAGAAGUACAAGAACUCCAUUUUUAUUGGUUCAUCUGCUUUGGCCGAAUUCUUUGCUGAUAUUGCCUUGUGUCCAUUGGAGGCUACCAGAAUUAGAUUGGUUUCUCAACCAACUUUUGCCAAUGGUUUAGUCGGUGGUUUUUCAAGAAUUUUGAAAGAAGAAGGUGUUGGUUCAUUCUACAAUGGUUUCACUCCAAUCUUGUUUAAACAAAUUCCAUAUAAUAUUGCUAAAUUCUUGGUUUUCGAAAGAGCUGCUGAAGCUAUCUACGGUGCUAUUCCAACCCCAAAGAAGGAUUUGAGCCAUGGUACUGUUACUGCUGUUAACUUGGGUGCUGGUAUCAUUGCCGGUUGUGCUGCCGCUGUUGUUUCACAACCAGCUGACACUUUGUUGUCCAAGGUUAACAAGACCAAGAAGGCUCCAGGUCAAUCCACUGUUGGAUUGUUGGUGCAAUUGGCUAAACAAUUAGGUUUCGCUGGUUCAUUCGCUGGUUUGCCAACAAGAUUGGUUAUGGUUGGUACCUUGACCUCAUUGCAAUUCACCAUCUACGGUCAAAUCAAAAAGGCUUUGAACUGUCCACCAGCUGUUGAAUUGUAA